UCCAGUGAUCAAAAACAAAAGUUCUGUCAAACGGGUUAUUAUCAGUUAAUACCUGCUGGUCAGUCAAUUUGGUCGAAACACACCAGAUUGUCUCUAUUGCGGUUUAUACAAUCAUGUCAUCCGAUUUUCAACUACCUGGUUUUUAUACUUCCAUUUCUGUGCAAGAACGUUAUUUUGUUUGGUUGCGGCGAUAUAUGGAAAUAACAUCAGUUCUUAACGUAUUUCUGACUGCUUUGACCCUUUAUUUAGUAAGAGUUGAAGGGAAAACCUUAAAGCGGGAUUACAAGCAAGUUCUUGUUUGCAACCUUAUGCUUCCGGUUGUCUUCAGUGUUUAUAUGGGUUUUGUCUACCAACCGUACAUCGUGUUCCCAUAUCACUUACUUCUCACCGUGGGAUUUUUCCGAUUUGGGCCGUUCGUCACUGCUCAUCUGUUUAAUAUUUGUUGUACUUUGGCAAUCCUGUGUUCGAUGAGUUUCCUCUAUUCGUUUUGGUUUAACUACUUCACGAUUUGCUAUAGAAUAUCACGUCAAAGCUCAACAAAAACAAAUUUGAUUGGAGUUUGCAUUGGUGUUGUAUUUACAAUAGUAAAUUUUGUACUAAUGACUAUUGGAGUCGAUGAACAUCAAUACGAAGAUCGAGAUAACUUGUACAAAACUGAUAACAGAAUUAAGUACUUUUUCAAUGAAUAUUCCAUUGCAAUUGUAAGAGUCAGUGAUAAAUGGUCUUUAAAGGCAUUAAGUGUCGAAGCAUUUAUUGGAAUUUCAAUAGUAGUUAUCAUAAUCCCAUUGAUAACAUUCAAAUCAUAUACAACAUUGAGCAAAAUACACAAAAUGAUUUCUAAGCAAACACUGAUCCAGCUCAAAAACGCUUUGGCAAUUAGUCUCUGGUACUUGCUGCAGUUUGGUGUUUUAGUUGGAAUUCCAGCUGCAACAGCAAUGGCAUUAUUAUUGAUGCAAUACACACCUUUCGAAGGUUUUCCAUUUGCAAUGGUAGUGUUAGCUCCAACUCAACUCACAUGUCCAGUUAUCUGUAUCCUAUACUUAAUACUUAUCAAACCGCUUCGUUAUGGUUUUUUUAAACUAGUGGGUCUUCAUAAGUAUGUUCCAAGAAACCAACCAAAAGCAGUAACGCAAACACAAUUAUCAACGUUCACAUCUCACGUUCCAUCAAGACCGACAAAUAGAGUACCGUAUGGUUCUCUAAAACUUUAUUAAUGUAAACGUUUUAAAGUUAUAACGUUUCACUUUAAUUCUGAAGUCUAUGUAGCAAUAUAAUUAUGCUAUUAAUUGAAAAAUUGUUAUUCUUCACAAAAAUAAAAUCACAGAAUUUUU